AAAUUAUUUUCUUGAGAUGCGGUUCAAGCUUAGAAUAGCGGUCUGUCUGAUGUUGAUCAGCAAUGAAGUGGGUUCCACAGAUUACUGUAGGAAGGAUCUCUGCCCGCCAUUGAGUAGGCACAUUGGCUGUGAGAAUUAUGGGGUAUGUCCGCGUGGAAUCUAUGGUUUCUUUGGCAAGGACUUUCAUGAGAGUUGCGGCACUGGUGCGGUCAUCCUGCAGUUUCCCAUGCAUCUGCAGGCACAGCUGUUGUCUAGCCUAAACUCAUUCCGCAAUGCCAUAGCUCUGGGAAGGUAUCCUCCAUUCAGACCAGCAGCCAGAAUGAGCACGUUGCGAUGGAGCGAGGAGCUGGCAGGGCUGGCCAAGUUCGCUCUGCGAGGCUGCGAUAAUUUGCAAGAGCACUGCAGCAACACGAACGAGUUUAAGUAUGUAUCCUACAUCUAUGGGAGAACUCGAUGGCAGCACAAUGCGAAGACAGCACAUUCGGUUGUGCAGUAUGUGCUGCAGUUCUGGAUGGACGAUCACAAGAGAUGCACGAUCGAUCACAUCAAUGCGAUUAGGCCACCGAAAGAUGGAAAAUGCCGCGGAUACUUCACUCAGCUGGUCCAAGACCAUGCCGAACAUAUUGGUUGUGCGUUGAUGGAGCGGCGUACCGGCAACGGCAGCGGUCAGUACUCCUACGGACUACUCUGUCAAUUCUCGCGUGGGAAGAUUUUCAGCCAGCGUGUUUACGUAGAGAGUGUGCAUCCGGGUGAAUGGUGUUUUUCUGGGGCAAAUGCCAACUACCAGGGACUCUGCUCGCUCGAGGAGCUUAUCAAUCCGAAUGCUGUGCAAUUGGACACUCUCCAUUUGCCCCAAUCGGUCACGGGUGCUGAAUAAAGAAAAGCAAAUUAGCUUGA